ACUGAUCUUCAAUUCUAUUCUUCCUUUUCAUGCUUUUUCGUUUAAGAAAACAUCAAGAAUCUGAAAAUGGUGGUGGUGAUGAUGGUGAACGAAGAAGAUCACCACCGCCAGAAAAAGGAGAAGAACAUCGUGGACCGAAGCCAAGUGGUGGUGAUGAUCAUAAUCAACCAAAACCAGAAGUCAACACUGGCAAAGGUAAGGUCAUUAGUGAAGUUAUUAGAAUGGGACGUGGUCAGUUGAUCAGGAUCUGUCGAUAUUUCAUCGAAUCUCAUUCGACUUGGACUACGCGAACUAACCGAAUAAAUCUU